AUUAACAUUAAGUCUUCAGAAACUGAAGAAGGAUAUGCAGAAUAUAUUGAAGAGGCUAAAGGACUGUGGGACUACAAGCACUGAAGACACGCUCAGGAGAAGCAGCAGUUCUCUGGAGCGAAAUGUGAAAGAGCUGACAUGGGGUUCACAGCACAGCACAUGCUCUGGCUUCUGUCUGUCUUUACUUUUACAACACAAGAGCUGGUGAGACUUAGGGUUAGCCCCCAGAUUACUGCAGAGUGUGGCAAGCAAGUUACUCUGAACUGCAACACAACCUUGUUUCACCAUGGACUAUCCAUCAAACUCAUGCAGUGGUUUCAAGAGGAAACAAUUUUAUGUUUUGUGGACAGUAAAGGGAAAAUUAUCACACACCACAGAGGAUCUCUGAGUGAUUUCUACUGUGAGUAUGAAGAUGGACGACUGUCACUAAUCUUUAAAAACAUGCAGCCUCUGGAGAGUGGAAAAAACUACACAUGUAAGCAGCGCUCCAACAAAGGAGCACUCAGUAAAUCUACAAAAGUGGAGUUACAAGAGUGUUGUGGGAUUGUUGAGGAUAAAUUAACAACCAACGGACCUGCGUGCACCUUCAAGCGUGUCUACCCAGACGGAGAUGUGCACUGGUUUCACGGCUCCCGCAACCUCUCAGAUGGGUCUCUGACGCAGCACACUCAUAAAAGUGUGGACAAACAAGGCUGGCUGACUAUUCAUAGUUACCUGGAGUGGAACAAUUCACACGGGCCCUACAACUGCUCGUUGAAGAGCACCAUGUCUGAUAGAUACAUUGCAAGUACUUUGGUUCAGAAUCCUAAAUUCCAGAAGAGUAGAAACCAGCACUCAAACAGCCACAGAGUUACAGCACAGGAAAGUAUGAGGACAGCUUUUUGUGUUUUAAUCUUUCUUGCAAUCGUAUUCAAAUAAUGUAAUUUCCACAUCAUGAAGUGUGACGUAACAUAGAGGGUGAAUCAAUGAUUAACACUAAUUAGGAACAACCAGGUACUGAGAUUUAUGCAUCUUUUUUUCAAAGCCAGGACAUUGGCACUCAUUUUAAGUGAGUCAUCUUGCACAAUCCAGAGGGUUAUCCUUCUUUGUGUUCUUGGCUGAUGUGAACAAGAAAAUUACACACCACUGAGAGGUGAUAAGAAGGCAGCCAGUAAUCAUAACAGUAUAAAAUGCAUUUGUUGUUUCGCUCCAGUAGAAGAUAAGAGAGCAAUGCACACUGGUUUCACUGCACUUUUUGUUUUUUCAGAAAACAGGAAGACGUACACGCAGAGAAAAACCAUUUUCAUAUAACUGCAAAGUGAUUAAGAAUUCUGUGCUGGUUCAGUUUAAUAUAUACAACACUGUUGUCUAUUUAUAAGUUCUUUGUAAAUGAAGGCCAUAACAGGCUAUUUGCUAAAUUUAUUUCAGAAACACAUAACUAUCAUGCAGCAGGACCCUUUUUGACUAUCAGUCAAGCAACAAAUCUGCAAUAUGUGGAUGGAUGCUGCCCUCUGGAGAUAUGUGCUACA